AAAACAGCACGGCGGGCUGAACACACACCCAGACACACUUACAGCAGGGGAAAUCACACUGAAACACAAAGGUCACUGGUGUCAAGACUUCUAUAUGGAUCUAAGACUCUAAACAAUUUCAAGAGGGGAUUUUUUAUUUUAAAGACAAAUCUCAGUUUGUAAAGGAACUUACCUGGACUCAGGAUGGACGCAGGCCCAUUGGCGUCAGUGGCCGAAGGCUCUCCUGAAGGGGAGACAGUUUGUGCUGCUUUAGCCCGCUAUGAAACCACAUUGCGGGAUGCUGUGCGUGAGAUCCACGUAGAUGUCAGUGCUUUUAAGCUAGGAAUCGAGCGCAGACUAGAAGAGGCCAUUCAUGUGAGUGGACCUCUGGGUCGAGCUGUGGCACAGCUGCAGCAGGAAAACCGGCAGCUCAGGGGGCAGCUAGAGGCCCUGACCCGACAGGUAGAGAUGCUGACGGGGUCGGUGUGUGACAGAAGUGCGCUCCUCACUGGAGGGUCACAGAGCAGCAACAGCACAGGGCAUCAGUCUCCACCGUCUGCAGCACCCAGUGUGGCAGCCCUGACCGGCUCCGCCAGCGGCUCGGCCUCCAGUCCCACCACCACACGCUUCUCCAGCAGAGCCACCUUCUCUGUCACCAGCAAAACUAACAGCAUUGAGCGAGAUGAGCCCAUUGAAGUGGAUCCAGCACCAAUUCCCCAAGGUUUGGAGAAUGGGCACUUAUCAUCAACAGAAAACUCUAUCGUGCCUUUGAGGAGAAACUCGCCACCCAAUGGUGUGUUACACGAACACUCAGCCCCUGUUCCCAUGGCAAUGCCACACCUGCCUAUCACAGCAACCACCAAAGUAGCUGACUCUACAGUUAUGAAGAGUCCUGAGUCGCCCAGUAGCCCAAUGCAAGCAACGCCUUCUGCCAUUACAGACUCACUGACAAACAGUCCACCGGUCACCAGUGAUAACCAGCCUCAACUAGAGUCUCCUGUUCAUGCAGUAUCAUCUGUGAAAACAUGGGCUCCGACUCCUGCCAGGACCAUGGGUUCUCCACGGCUUACUGAAAAAGCAUCUUCGGCUCCAGCCAAGUCAGUGACUUACUCUGGACUUUUCCCACACAAUACAGAUAGGAAUGUGGAUACGCCAGGUGAUUUAUCCUUCGGCAGAGGUAUUGAGCGAAGACGAGAACUUGUGAGGUCCCAGACUUUACCUCGAAAUAUAGGAGCCCAGGCACGAAGGUCUAUUUUUGAGAGGCUGGACUCUGAGAACAACAGUCGGCCCAAGCCAGUGGAUUCCAAACCAAAGCUGAAACGCUCUCAGAGCUUUGGCGUAUCCAGUGCUAGCAGUAUCAAGCAGAUUCUACUGGAAUGGUGUCGAUCCAAGACCAUUGGGUACCAGAACAUCGACAUUCAGAACUUUUCCUCCAGCUGGAGUGACGGCAUGGCGUUCUGUGCCCUCGUCCACUCUUUCUUCCCCACAGAGUUUGACUAUAAUGGUCUGACCCCUGCCGAGCGCAAACACAACUUUGAGCUGGCAUUCAGCACUGCAGAGAAGAAAGCUGGCUGUGAUAGGCUGAUUGAAGUGGAGGACAUGAUGGUGAUGGGCAGAAAGCCAGACCCCAUGUGUGUCUUUACUUACGUCCAGUCACUAUAUAACCACUUGCGCAAGUUCGAGUGAGGUCUCAGCCUCUGCACUACCCUCUGCUGGACAAAACUGAACUGUAGUUACUAAAGGUUUGGGUUGGAAUAUGUCCCAUGCCAGACAGACGCUUCUGCUGUUGCAUUUUAGUCAAGAAAAGGUCAUCGACUAUUUAUGCAGUCUUUGUGUGUGGCACGCUCUUUAUAGAAAUUGUGAGCCCUGGUUUAUUAAUAAAUAGCAUGAAGUUAAA